UCACUGUUGUUGAAAAUCAAAGGACCUUUGACCUUAUCACCCCCAAUGAUCAUCUGAUUUGCAGUGAGCUAAUGAGGUGGAUCAUCAGCGAGAUCUAUAUUGUUUGGAUGCUUCAUAAUGGCACAUUUAGAGAACAAGAUGGUUGGAGACCUUGGGAGCACAUCUACUCGCUGUGUAAGGUGGCGAAAGGUCAUCUGCCGCUCUACAACAGCUACGGGAAAUACGUGGUCAGACUCUAUUGGAUGGGUUGUUGGAGGAAGAUAACAAUAGAUGAUUCUAUGCCAUUUGAUGAAGAAAACAACCUGCUUCUCCCUGCCUCCACCUGUCAGUCAGAGCUGUGGCCCAUGCUGUUGGCUAAGGCUCUCAUUAAAGUGGCCAACACCAAUGUAGUGUCAGAGGUCUUCGGAGAGGUGGGCGAGUUCACCUUUAUCCACACCCUCACUGGCUGGAUCCCAGAAAUCAGCCCUAUAAAGUCCGUAUAUCUUGGAAAAACCUGGGAUUUCUUACAAGACACCAUCCCCAUGUUUACAAACCCAGAUGAGAGUCCGCCGGAGACUAAGACUCAGACUGCAGAUCCAGCUGCAGGGAGAGAUUCCAGUUUCAGUGACGGCAAGAAUCAGCUGCCUGAGCCAGAGAAUAGUAAAGGUGCCCCCAAGGUAGUGGUGUGUGCCAGCUACUACCCUUUACAGCCACAAAACAAUUCCUUUGGGUUUGGACAAAUGGCUAAUUCCUCAGAGUAUCUCCGUCAGUACGGUCUCUCAUUGCUGCACAGCCACAUUGUCCUGCUGACCAGAACCCGGGCAUGCCAGCUGGAGGCACCACCCAGACCUCAACCUGUGCCCAGAUGGAAACUCAUCCGCCAGCGGAAGGAGAUCGUGGUCACAGAUGAGCCACGGAAGCCUCCUGUGUCAAAACCAGAGCGGUUCAUUGAGGUUGCCAGCCCUUUUCUCUCCUACCGUGUCAAGAGCAGCGCUGGCCCGAUCCUGGAGCUCAAGGCCAAGCAGAACGCUCAGAGGAAACGUUCCUACGGAUCCCCUCUAGUGUCCAUUGCUGAGAGAGAGGAGACUGAAUGGCGAGAAAGCCUUGAGCCUGACGCAGCUGAACGCACCACUAACUCACCAAACAGCACAACAGACAAAACAGAGGUUACUGCAGAGGACAGAGGGAAGGACGAUGAUGACAUCUCCAAUGAGCGGCCCCAAACUUCAUUGGAGGAGCCUGUAACUGAGGAACCCGCCGCUAUUGUCACACCCAUCCUGCAGGAGACCUGGGUGGACGUAGAUGACUUUGCUAAAUGCUUUCAGACUCUCUGGGUGUUCCAUAAGCCAGAGAUGUACCCACACAAUAUCCAGACAUCUCAUUUUAAGAGCACUGUGUUGUCCAAAACUGCAGCGGGCACCAACUGUACUGGAUCAUCUACACACUUUCUUACCGCUGGAUCCGUCCCUGUGACGUCUGCUGUAGCAAGCCCUGAAUGUCCAGAGGUGAGAAGCACUCACUACCUGUGUGUGGACAGCCUGCAACCUCCCCAGAUUGUCAUCGGCUUCUCUGCUCUGCUCCUCUGGGGAGAUACUGCUGAGGAGAGAAAGGAGAUGUCAGCAGCAUGUAGGCCUGCACUGCUCACCGCUCAGCCCCACUCCUGCAAAAGCCUGCGGUCUCAGCUGCCAGUUCUCACCAUCAAGACCACCUCCUCAAAGGCAGCCAUGCUUAACUUACCCCCAGGGCGUCACGUGUUGUCCCUCCACACAAAGGCAGCACUUGGCUACCAUGUUCACCUGUGCAGCAAGAUACCUUUCAUCUUUGGGGAUGAAGAUACCAUCAUGUCACACCUUACCAAGGAAAGUGCCCGUUUCACUGAGCAGGCCUUGUCCAUCUUGAGGGCCCUGUCCAGAGUGGUGUCUUCCUUUAGCCAUGAGCAGGACCAGCAGGCAGCAAGAAGAAGCCUAGAGGAGGCUCACUGCCCCCAAAACAUCAACAACACCCUGGAAAAAGGGGAACACCACAAGGUGUUCAACUGUGCAGUUUACCACAUGUUCAGUGAGACUCUGGGCAGGCAGCUAACAGCAGAGGAGCGGUUUGCUAUACUGGCCCUCACAGCUGACCCUUCACUCUUGGCCACUGACCCCAAAAAACAGCCCCCUACAUUGGAUGCAGAGUCAAAGCCUCCAGAAGGCUGGAGAGACAGGGAGCCGACAGACAGCGAGGUCAAGGCAGCCACCAUUCUGCAGGCUGGAUUCAAAGGGCACUUGGUGCGAGAGAUUUUCCAUGCCUCGAAACCAGGCACAAAAGAGAACCUCUCUGCAUCCAAGAUCCUCUCAGACAUGUGGACGAAGGUUGAAUCAGAUGCAGAGAAGCAUGCGGCACUGUUGCUACGAUACAUCAUCAACCACUCUGAGAGGAAAGUAGAUCUCUACCCCUGUCAGCAGGAUGAAUGGACCAGAAUCACCUUCGCUGAUUACUCUGUCUCUCUUCCAGACACAGCCAACUCCUGGGUCUUGGUCUUUAGAGAGGUGUUCCUGGUUCCUAAAGAAAUGCUGCUGGUACCAAAAGUCUACUCCCCAAUCCCUAACUGUCUGCUGCACGUCAUAAAUAACGACACAGGAGAGGAGCUGGACAUGAUUUUCAAUAAAGUAGCGACCCAUGUCUAUCAACCCAACAAGCUUGGCUACACCUUUGUAGCAGAGGCUGUCACACCUGAAUCACCUCCUGUUGGGGCCAAGUGGAGGAUGCGCCUGAUUGGCUCAAGGGAACUCCUCCCAAAACUGUCCCAUGAGAGUCCUCUCAACACGUUCUCAGUGAAGGAAUUCCGGGAUUACUACAUUCCCAAUGACAAAAACCUCGUCUGCCGUUACUUUGUGCAGGUGACGGCAGACGUAUUGGGAACAAUUCAGUUUCAGACUUCGAAGCCAGAUGUGUUGAUCCGCCUGUCCGUUCUGGACCAGGAGAAGGAGGUGGCCAGCAACACUGGGAAGGGCCACGUGGUGAUUCCUGUGUUCUGCUUCCUGGCCAACAAAGCCACCAGUUGCGCAGAUGAGAAGAACCAGAAGGGAUCCCCCUCCCGGGGCAAGGGAGUCAAAGUGGCAGACACUCCCCAGCAAAGAGAUGAGGAGGACGGCAUAGCUGGGAAAUCAGACUCCACAUCUGACCACUACCAGCCUCCCACAGAGACUAUGGGUCAUAAGUAUGUGGUGCAGGCAGAGGUGCUCCGUAAGAGCUGGGACUUGGAUGAAUCUCAGCUGGCUUUCGUCCAUAUGCUCAGAGACUUGGAGAAGAGCGAAAUGAGAGUAUACAAGCCUGAGGACUUGAACUGUUCACCCACUACGGACACACCGGACCAGCAUGGGCACAAAUCUGAAAGCAAAGCCAGCCGCAAAGGGGAAGGUGACAAGGAGAAGGGGAAGCCAGCUGCCAACUCUAAAUCUGGCUCCAGGCAGGCGAGUCUUGACUUGACUAAGGCGAACUGGACGCUGCGUGUGGUCAGUGACAAGAGCAAAAGCGAGAGCUUGGAGGUAACGAAGGACACGGAGAGAAUAGACCAGAUUAAAGCCAUUAAAAAAGCCUGGGAAAUGGCUGAACCAGGCCGCUGUGCCAAGGCUUUCCAGUCUCGCCUAAAGUUUCAGAACCAACUCCAACAGCAAGCAGGUGAUGAAACUACAACAGGUGAUCAGACUGCCACAGAUGAUGCAGAAAGUGAGCCAGCUGCUUCCAGAUCUGGAGCUGGCACCUCUCUCAGUGCAUCUAAUGAAAAGCUGACUGAUGCCUCUCCUCCUCCCAUGGACUACACUCCCUUCAUCAGACGGCGAAAGGACUUCCCGGUGCUAAUGGACUCACAGAUGGAGGAGAUCCAGCAGAGGGAGCGCUUAGAAAAGAUCCAGACUUACCGCUUGGUCCGAGACAACGUGCUGGAGCAUCAGAAACAGCAGGAGCUCAACAGGAAGGAGCUAAUGAGACACCAGCUGGAGAUGUAUGAGAACAUGCAGGCAGCCUUGUGGCAGCGCUGCAAGAAAUUCCUCGACGCUUGCGAGGCAUUUAGCAGCCGUCAGAUGGCGGCCGUGAAAAAGGAACAAGAAGAGAAACAGACUCUGGAGGAGGCCCAGCAGGCGGUUCUAGAAAAAACAACCCCCACCUCUGCUGCCACCCAGCAGCCCAACAAACGUGCCAAGAGUGCUGGCAAGAAGAAAUGACCGUCACUGGCACUAAGAUGCAGUCUCAAUUCUCCUCAGCAGACACCUCUCAACAAGUAUGUUUGAGCACAGAGGAAUCUACAUUUAAUCACAUCGUAGCCUUCCUUUAUGUCUUCUGACUCUUCAGCAAUAUAACUAAGGAUUUUGUUGAUGUUUUUGUACCAAAUGUUUUCAUAUUUUUGCAUUUAUUCUGUAUCAUAUUUAAAAAAUGUUCCUUUAGCACACAUGUAUAUCCUCCAUCUUUCAUAUAUAUAUCCUGUUGUAACAGUCACUCUCCACCUACAAAAACAAUCUUUGUGCUCAUUUCAUUCAGACUGUAUCAAAUAUAACAAAUAAAAACAUGGCUGUCA